ACAUAAUUGUUUUUUAGCAUAUUUUAAGAACUUUACCGUCAAACUUAUGUUAUAGAAAACAUUUGAAAGCUUUGCAUUAUGUAAGCAACACGAGUAAGUGACGACAACGUGUUGAGCAAGGUUUUCGAUCAUAAAAACAGUCAUGUGAUAAACUGAUGCAUGAGGAAUCGACACUUACAAAUUAGAAUAUUUCUUGUCUUAUAACUUAUUUGCAGUUCUUGUUAAGAUUACUUUGGUGUUCGUAGCUGCACGCAAUUAGACAGUGGUUUAUCGUCGUUGGUAAUCCAAAUAUGGAGGACGAGGGUCCUGAACCCUUGGGUGCCCGCUCCAAAACCGUGGACAUUGAACAGUUGACCAAAUGGAAUCUGACACGGCUUCCCGAGUUUAUUGAGUCGAUAGACAGUCCUUCUGACGAGGAAAUCAGCACGCCUUUCCCCUGGAGAAGUAAUCUCAACGCCAAAAUCUUGCUUUGGUGUGGAGACAUUACACUUCUUAAUGUUGAGGCUAUUGUUCACUCAACAAAUGAAAAGUUCAAUUUCUCAGCUAAAACUCCAGCUUCAGAAAAAAUUUAUGAGAAGGCAGGACCUGAACUACAGGCAGACCUGAAGAAUAAUGUGAAAGUAUGUAAAACUGGUGAUGCCAAGCUGACUAAGGGUUAUAAACUACUGGCCAGGUAUAUAAUACAUACAGUUGGGCCACGCUACAACUUCAAGUAUGUCACUGCUGCCGAGAGUGCUCUGUACAGCUGCUACAGACAAGUGUUACAGCUUGUUAGAGAGACUAAUAUAAAGACUGUAGCCUUGACUCCAGCUCAUUCUGUAACCAGGGGUUAUCCUCCUGAGGAUGGUGCUCAUAUAGCCAUUAGAACUGUGCGAAGAUUUUUGGAAAAGUUUGGUGAUGAAGUGGAAACCAUAGUCUUUCAUUGUACUGAGGAGGACAUGGAAGUGUACGAGAAAAUUAUGCCACUGUACUUCCCGCGGAGCAGUAAGGAGGAGGCCAUGGCAUCCUGUAUGUUACCAGAGAAUGUUGGUAACGAAGACGGAGAACCAAUUAUAGCCGAGAGAAAGAUCAGGAUUUCUGAUAAACCUGCGUUUGCCUCCAUGCGUAGUCAGAGGGAAGAUUUUGAGGAGACAGUUGACCUAAAUAAAGAGUUUGCUACAUCUACAGUCCUAGAGGUAGGCAAACAUCCAUUUGCUCAGAUGGAAGAGAACCCAGAUGACAUGAGGAAAACUACCAUUAUGGGUAAGACUACAGAAGAACAGAGGAAGCUGGAAAAUAAACGAAGGUAUGACAGGCUGAUGAAGCGAGCUAGGACAGAGGACUUGACAGACAUUGCAGCUUUAAAAUGUCUGUACAGAUCAGGUGUUGACAAGUUUGGACGCCCAGUGGUGAUCUUUGUUGGGAAGCAUUUUCCUGCGGCAACUGUAAACCUGGAAAAGGCUCUCCUGUACAUGCUGAGGGUAAUGGAGCCUGUUGUGGAGUCUGACUAUGUAGUGGUGUACCUCCAUACACAAACCAUGGGGUCUAACUACCCAACUAUGAACUACCUUCGUGAGGUGUACAGUCUACUAGAUAACAAAUACAGGAAGAAUUUGAAAACCUUCUAUGUCAUCCAUCCCACUUGGUGGUCAAAGCUUGCCACCUGGUUUUUCACAACAUUUACUGCCUCAGACAUCAAAAACAAGGUGUUUAGCUUGAGAGGUGUCCAAUACCUGUACAGGUCUAUAGCACCAGACCAAAUAGAUGUGCCAUCCUUUGUGACAAAUUAUGAUAUACAGAUUAAUGGUCCACGAUACUAUGAACCUCCUGAUGAUGGUCAGGAAGGAUUGUGAUGAAAGUGUGAUGCAGCAACAUUGUGUGCAGCAGUGCUGGGAUACCACGCUGGGAUUAAAUGUGCAGCAGUGCUGGGAUACCACGCUGGGAUUAGAUGUGCAGCAGUGCUGGGAUACCACGCUGGGAUUAGAUGUGCAGCAGUGCUGGGAUACCA